UUAAGAGAAAUAAGCAUCCGCUUCCACAGGGUCUCUCGACUGAAAAGCCCAAAACAACCAUCCAGCAUCAUGCGCACCGGCUGUCUUUCCGUCCUUCUCUUGUUCCUGACUGCACAGUUGCUCCUCAGCAAAGUGUGCUGCAGCCCAAAGUGCAACAACCAAUGUUGCCGCUUCGUGGAGAGCUUCCCCGGCAGGCUGCGAAGGCUGCGAGAAGACUACGUGCAGAUCAGGGAUUUUUACGAAGCUAAUGAUGACCUGGACACUGUCCUGCUCGACCAGACAAUCGAAGACUCAUUUAAAACGCCGUUUGCGUGCAAUGCCAUGAACACUAUUCUGGAGUUUUACCUUGGCACGGUUCUGCCCGCAGCCAUCACCGGGGUGUCGGAGGACACCAGUGAGUUGAGACCUUAUGUGGAGUCCAUCCAUCUGAUAUUUGAUGAGCUGAAGAGAGAUGUCACCAAAUGUAGGAAAUACUUUGGCUGCCAGAAGCAGUUUGACGUUGUCAAACUGAAUAUGACCUACACUCAGAUGGAGAACAAAGGUGUGUACAAGGCCAUGGGCGAGCUGGACGUGCUUUUUAACUACAUUGAAAUAUAUCUGGCUUCCAAACGUCUCAAGAACCAAGCUGUGUCCUUGUAAAAAUAAUAAUUAAAAAAAAAAAAAACUCGCUAAACCCUCAUCAAUGUGAACUUGCUCAUCUCAGGAAGAAAGCAUGAUGUUUAGAUUAAUAUUUUUUUACCACUUGACAACAACAGUAUGUGCCUAUGGAAAGCCUCUGCAUCAGAAUCAUAUUGAAUCCAAUGUGCCGGCUGAAAUAUUUAUUGUUUCAAUGUACUUUUCUAUUUAUUUUAAAUGUGUAACUAAUAAAGGAUUUCCCACCAUGUAAA